CUCGGAUUCAGUUUCCUCAAACAGUAAAAGAACCACUGUUUUCAAAUAAGAGACUGUAACCGUUUCUGUACACUAUGGAAGAUUUUGACUUGGUGAAAAUCUUACCAAAAACUUCAUCUUCUGUAGAAUCUGAUAUCAAAAUUUCUCCCCAUUCUCAUGGACUGAGCUUAAAUACUAAUAGAAGUAGUCCCCACCUUAGUACAAAUGGGGUGUCCUCUCUCUCAGGGAAGACAGGACCACCUGCCAUCCAAGGGACAGUGGAAGUGCUAGCCUCUUUCAUGCAAGAGCUACAGAACAGAGGGAAGCCUGAUUCAGAACGCUGGAAAAACUGUGAGGCCAGAUGGUUACAGUUGUUCAAUUUGGUGGAAAAACAAUGCCAAGAACAGAUAGUUGCCCAGCAGGAACAGUUCCACAACCAAAUCCAACGUGUACGAGAGGAGAUAAGAAAUUUAAUCAAAUUACAGAUCAAUAAUUCUUUGUGGACUUCCUAUGAUACAAGUUCUGCCGGCAAACACGUGUCUUCAGAAAGUCAAAUGGGUUUUUUUUCUGAACACAGUGAAAGAAAUGAAUCUUUCCCUAGUUAUCCUGAGUCUAAGGAACCUGAGCUGCAGCAGAGCAGGGGCACAUCACAGGCAGACUGCAGUGUGGACAGCAGCUCUGUGAGCAGUGGCUAUGGCACCUUCUGUGUCUCAGAGCUGAACACCUACAGAUCUAAACACCCCACAGUGCGCAUGGAGCCUGUAGGACUCUCAGAGGGGCAGAACGCAGGGCCUGGGGUCCAGACAGAUUCGCCUGGAGAUGGCAUAGGCCAUGGGAGUCGUUACUCACAGACUCUUGAAGAGUUUUGUACAUCUUUAAAGGAAGAUAUUGACACUUUUCCUGGUGAAUUUGAACACAAUUUUCAUGGUGAAAAUAAGAUUUCUGAAAUAUAUAGUGGAAAAGCAAAUAGUAGUACAUCUGUAACGUCAUGGGCACAAAAACUGAAGCAGAACCAACCAAAGAGAGCACAUGUAGAAGAUGAAUGUUCAAGAUCUAAGCCAGCAAAUGAACAGAGCAAGAAACCUUCAGAGAAAUCUGAUUUUGCUGCUGCUGCACAUCCUCGUGCUUUUUACCUCAGUAAACCAGAUGAAAGUCCACAUUCUUGGAUGUCUAAUUCAGGAACAGGACUGACUUAUUGGAAACUGGACGAGAAGGACAUGUAUCACUCUUUGCCUGAAAUUUUGGAGAAAUCACUCAUACCACCCUCCUCUGCAGACAGGUCACCUAGCCAGUCUAAUACUAGUAAUGAGAUGAAGCUACCAUCACUGAAGGAUAUUUAUCAUAAAAAACAAAGGGAAAACAAGCAUUUACCUGAGAGGAAUCUCACCUCUGCUUCCAGCCCAAAUCAUCCGCCAGAGGUCCUGACUCUGGAUCCGACAUUGCACAUGAAGCCAAAUCAGCAGGUUUCAGGGACUCACCCACAUGGCUUUCAGAAUGCUCUUGAUGACAGAGUAUCCUUCUCACCAGACUCUGUUCUGGAACCAAGUAUGUCAAGUCACUCUGACAUCGACUCCUUUUCACAAGCAAGUAAUGUCACCUCUCAGUUAUCUGGGUUCCCAAAAUAUCCGUUAAAUGCAAAAGCUUCACCAGUGGACUCGUGGAAGAACCAUGCAUUCCAAAAUGAAAGUAGGACCAGUUCCCCAUUUCCUUCAGUGUAUACGUUGACUAGCAAUGACAUCUCGGUCAACACUGUAGAUGAAGAAAACACUGUCAUGGCAGCUUCAUCCUUGGUCAGUCAGUCCCAGCUUCCAGGUACAGCCAACAGUGUCCCAGAAUGCAUUUCAUUGACUUCUCUGGAAGAUCCUGUGAUAUUGUCUAAGAUUAGGCAGAAUCUGAAGGAAAAGCAUGCUCGACACAUAGCAGAUCUUCGCGCUUAUUAUGAAUCAGAAAUAAAUAGUUUGAAACAGAAGCUGGAGGCAAAAGAAACUUCUGCAAUUGAAGAGUGGAAGAAAACCAAUCAAAUUCUUAUAGAUAGAUGUAGCCAGUUGGAUAGUGCUUUGCUUGAAGCUACUGGUCAUGUGAGAACAUUAGAAAAUAAGAAUAACUUUCUGGAAAUAGAAGUGAAUGAUUUGAGAGAACACUUCAGUGCAGCCAGUAGUACCUCCAAAAUUUUGCAGGAACGAAUUGAGGAAAUGAGAACAAGCAAUAAAGAAAAAGACAAUACCAUCAUUCGACUAAAAUCUAGACUGCAGGAUUUAGAAGAAGCAUUUGAGAAUGCAUACAAACUCUCAGUUGAUAAAGAAGCUAGGUUAAAACAAGAAAGCAAAAUGUUUCAAGAUCUGUUAGGAGAGUAUGACUCCCUGGGAAAGGAACACAGACAAGUAAAGGAUGCAUUAAAUACAGCUGAGAACAAAUUGCUUGAUGCACAUACUCAGAUUUCUGACUUGAAAAGAACAAUUUCAAAACUUGAAGCUCAAGUGAAGCAAGUGGAGCAUGAAAAUAUGUUAAGUCUGCAUCAUAAUUCUACAACUCACUUGAGACCCUCACCUGCCAACACACUAGCGACCUCAGAUGUCAGCAGGAGGAAGUGGCUGACCCCGGGUGCGGAGUACUCCAUCUUCACUGGCCAGCCGCUGAACACCCAGGACGGGAAGCCGGAGGGGCCGCUGGAGGGGCCCUGUGGCCCUGGGUAUCAUUCUCCUCUGGAAAAGAAUUCUUCCCCUGCAAGUUCACCAACAUGCUUAUUGAUUAAAAAACAAAGAGAGACUUCAGACACACCAAUCAUGAAAGCUUUAAAAGAACUUGAUGAAGAAAGACUAUUUAAAAAUUGGGGCACACAGACAGAGAAAGAGGAUACCUCAAGCAAAUUAGUGCAUCCUCGGCAAACUGAGUCCUCAGGCAACACAAGUCAUUCCCCAGAGAAAUGGGCCCAACAGAGACAAAAGAGACAGAAUCCUGCCUCCCAGAGAUCAUCAUCUUUGCCACCUUCCAAUCGCAAGUCCAGCACUCCAACGAAAAGAGAGAUAAUGUUAACACCUGUGACGAUGGCUUACAGUCCAAAGCGAUCCCCUAAAGAGAAUCUGUCCCCAGGAUUUAGUCAUCUACUUAGCAAAAAUGAAAGCAGUCAAAUUCGAUUUGAUAUACUUUUGGAUGAUUUAGAUACUGUUCCUGUGUCCACAUUGGAACGACCCAAUCCAAGAAAGCAGCUGCAGUUUCUUCCUCUAAAUGAUUCAGAAGAAAAAAGUAUUUCAGAAAAAGCCAUCGACAGCUGUGCUAGUCAUAGCUCUUCUCCUGAACCCUUGCCGAAUGGAGUGAAAACAGUUUCUAUGCGACCAGCCUCGGAGAAGAAUACGUCAGUUAGCUAUGAGCAGUGUAAGCCUGUUUCAGUGACACCACAGAGUAAUGAUUUUGAAUAUACAGCGAAAAUUAGGACACUAGCUGAAACGGAGCGAUUUUUUGAUGAACUUACGAAAGAAAAAGACCAGAUUGAGGCAGCCCUAAGCCGAAUGCCUUCUCCUGGAGGAAGAGUCACGCUGCAGACGAGAUUGAACCAGGCAGCCUUGGAAGAUCGUCUGGAGAGGAUCAAUCGAGAACUGGGCUCGGUUCGCAUGACACUAAAGAAGUUUCAUGUGCUGCGCACCUCUGCCAAUCUCUGAGAUUUGUGGCCAUUAAAUUUGGAACAUUUUUGUUUGCACUAAUGUAUAAUUAUGCACUCAGAAAAGGCAAUCUAUUUUGAACUGUUUAUAAGCCUUGAGACAGUAGUUUUACAAUCAUGCUAUUCUUACACUUGCUAUUUUAUACUUCAAAUGACCACAUAUUUUCAAGAUAUUUUUGUUAUGCCCAGGAAUCUAUUGUAUAUUUUACAACUUAAAAAGUAUUAUUUUUAAAUAGUAUGUCUUUACUUUCUAUCAAGAAUAAGAAAAUGUAAAUAGGGAGGCAGUUUGUUUCUAAACAAAUAGCGUUACCCUUUUCCAGUGAACUUUGCACACCGGUUUUAUAAACUUGUUCUACACUGUAAAUAUAAUUAAUUUUUUAGAAAUAAAUGCUAGCAGCUUCCAUAAUGAUAAGCUAAUACAUGCUGAAUAUGAAAAGUAUAGCAUACACUGGAUUUCCGUGUUUUAAAAAACUGACCGUGCAGGCUGAGCAGAGUGGUGCAGCCUAGCAUGCAGGACUGAGUGUUUGAGGCCAGCCUUGGCUACCUAGUGAGACUGUCUCAAAAAAAAAAAGACCAUGCAAUGUAAUUCUUAUUUGAAAUGUAAGUGAGAGUGAAUAUCAAAAUAGUAAUACUGGACUAUUGAAAAGCUUUGAAAUAAUUCUUUAUUUCCCACAAACUUUGUAAGGAAAUUUAAAAAAAGGAAUGUAACUCUCUAACGUCUUACAUGUGACAUUAAGCAAUUGGAGAGCUAUAUAGCUUUCUGCCCAUUGUUCUAAAUGGAGCUCAUAUCCCACUGUAGACAACAUAUGUGUGGCUGGAUCUUUGAUGAAAUGCAGACCAUCACCCAGAGCAGCUCUGGGUUCCUUAAAGCACAUGGCUUUAGCUGCCAAUCGAAGUUGUUGGCCAGUCAUUUUCACUUAUAUCCACUUCCUUCACUCCUGCCAAGAAGAAAAGUAAAUACAUUGUAGGUGCUAAAGAACCUCAGUUAGGGCUGGGGAUUUAGCUCAGUGGCACUGCCUGCGUUGCAAGCACAAAGUCCUGAGUUUGAUCCCUGGUACAAAAAAAAAAAAACCCAAAAACCUCAGUUUGGGACCAGAGCAAUCUACACUGCUGGUGAACAGACAAGGAAUGUGUCUACACAGAGCCUGGUGCCUUUCACACAGCCUUAGUAGAGGGCUGCAGCCCACGGCCUCAGGAGCAGCACCUCCUUGCUCUUCUGGGCCCAGAGGCACUGCUUUGAUCCUGGAGCAGUGGCAAGUUUGUGUGGGAGCUCACUGCUUAGAUCCAGGCUACUCUUGCUUUGCCUGCCUUCUGUGUUUUGGUGACCAGUCAGAGCCCAGUGCCCGCAUAUCCCAGCUUGGUAUGUGUUGCUAAACAGACACAACCUUAACUUUUAAAACUCAUUCCCACUGACAGUGCUCAGGUUUUCAUUUUUGUUUUUCUCUCUGAGCUUUUUUCCUUCUGUGGCCUUUAGUAAUAGGUAAUUCUAGUGAACCGAGUCUGCCCAGCCGUUCCAAUAGGGUGUGAAUAUUGCCUUUUUAGCAGUGUCUCAGUGAUCUUUGAACACCUUUCACCAAAGCUUUGCCCGACUCAUCUCCAGGCCUGCAGCCCACAGCCCUGUCCCUCCUCUCCUCUUAGGGCUUCUCAGCCAGGAGGGGGACCCGGAACAGAGAAGCCGAGGCUCUAUGCUCAUCUUCGGCAACCAGUCGAAACUGAGCUAAUCAAAAUUACUUGUCAAAAUUACUUGUCAGUAGAAUCAAGUACUUUUAUUCUUGAUUUUUUUUCCCUAGCCUCUUGUUUUUUUUAAUCUUCUAGUUUUGGUAAAGAAAAAGUUAAUUUUAAUCAAGCUGUGUAUAGCUUGUAUCUAGGCCAAGUAAAGGGGUUGACUUUACUGGUGAGACUCCUUUCUUUCACAUGUUCUGGUAUAUGUCAUUAAAAACUGAUGAAGAUUGUUAGGCUGUGUCAUUGUUCUCCACUGUAUUGUAAAGUUGGCUACAUUCUUGAGAAUAAGGAAAUUGCCAUUUCAGAAGAGAUGAUGGUUUUAUCUUGCCAAGGAGUUAUCUUUUUAGUAGCCUAUAAUUGGCUUAUUCCAAAAAAGGCAUUAAGCUCUAUCAAAACAUCUGUGCCUCUCAGAAAGCAUAUGCUCUGAUUUUUCAAGUAAUAGAUCAAAGCUAUCACUUUCUUAAUUAAAAAUUUUUGAAAAUUCUUCAUAGUUGUGCAGAAGGAAACCAAGGAACAUUUUUACAGCUACCUUCCACCUUGGCAACACUUACCUUAUGAAUGCUCAAUUGAAAAAAAAGACCCCUCAACUGAAAAACAACCAGUCCCCACAGUGGCAAUUUUAAAAAGCUUUUGUUGCCCCAGGGAGGUAAACUUUUUCUGCUGGAGCUGUGCUGCACUUAAAAACCUAAAUGAUGCUUCCACUUCUGGGAAGUGCCUUUUAGAAUAGGAAUGGAAAUCUGAACUCUGCUGAUGUCUUCCUGUCCUCCCCCUUAGGAACCUUCUGCUUAGCUGGGCAUGGUGGCACACGCCUAUAAUCCCAGCACUCGGGAGGCUGAGGCAGGAGGAUCAU